AUCGCGAGACUGUAAAAGCGUCUUUUUUACUCACAAAAUUCAUCAAUGUACAAUAUAAUCACUUGUGAGUGAAAACGAACGUUUCGUGAAUUAAUACCGUAAUGCUGCGUUCGCUUUGGCGACCUUUAGAGGCGAACACAUGCUAAUGCUAACUUUGAUACUUCAAGGGCGAGCCUUACACUUGAUCGACAGUCCUGUUGUCCAAUCAACGCGCUUUUCCACCGCUAGCUAGCUAGUUAGCGGCUACGGCUAGACGAGUGGAAAAUGGCGUAGCAGAGGAGCGAAAGGGGGACGCUUUUUGUUCCCUGUCACUGCCUACUCCUCUGCGGAAAAACGGUUCUGCUUUAAGUAAAAACAUUUCCUCGACAGGUUUUAGUCGUUCUAUGAGAUAGCCAGCGAGUAAAGCGAAUGGUGUGGCCUUAGAAGAAGAAGAAGAAGGAGUCCUCCGGCCGUUGUUCAACAUUGUCUGCAAAGGUCCCGCUGCUGCUGCUGCUGCUGCUGCUGCGAACAUCUCUGCAGCAUCCUCUGCAUCGGCAUGGGAAUCACCGGGAACGCUCCAAGGAUGAAUCGCAGCACGUCAGAGAGGCCGGCCUAUCCAGACCGGAUCACUGACACGGCCUGGAGCGCCACCUUCCUCCUGCGGCACGUGUCUCGUCAACUGUGAUCAUGAACUCCCUGGGGGGGUGGAGGUGGGACUGGAGUGUCCUUCAGGCUCCCCAUGCGCCGCCCCACCCCGCCCGAAGGUUUGCGUGAGGAUGAGGAGUUGAAGAUAAUCUGUCUUAUUUGACUUUUUUUUUUUUCUUCCUGUGAAGACACAAAACACUGUAGCAGCCGUCUCCCUGUGAUGCUUCAUCAUCAUCAUCAUCAUCAGUGCUACCUCACGUGACAUCGCUCACGAGCACGUCCGUUAUUUGACUUGAAGCGCAACGACGUGUGCGCACCGCAUCGGCUCGCUUUCAUGCCGGAAAGACUCAUCAACGUCAACUUUAUUUCCCCUCAUUGCGUUUCAGUUGUUUAUUUUAUUUUUUUUACUUUUUCCUCUUUUGAAAUGUGCUUUCCUGUCAGAAGUGAUGCGGGACGGGUGCGAUAUCAAAUCCUGUAUAUUGUGUAAACCAGUGACAAGUUGUUUGACGAGCAACAAAAUCACAAACGUCUUCCAUUCAAGAUUUGUAUAGUCUCACAUGCUAGUCAUCUGACUUCCUGCAGGAUGUCCUUGUAUGAACAACGGGAGGGAUUGAUCACGCUGCUUCAUAGACACGAGUCACAUGAGCAGCAUUGUUGCAUGUGAAGCCCCUUUCCGACACCCAAGGGAAAAAAUACAUCCCAAAAUGAUGAGAUAAAAAGUUGAAAUUAUGGCUUAAAAAGUCAUAAUUAUGACAUAAAAAGUCAAUAUUAUGAGACAAAAAGUGAAAAUUACAAGAUAAAAGGUCAGAGUUAUGACAUGAAAAGUCAAAAUUAUGAGAUAAUUCGAAAUUACGAGGUAAAUAUACAGUAGUUAUGAGAUAAAAAGUUGAAAUGACAAGACGGUCAUGACAUAUAAAGUCUAAAUUUAGAGAGAAAAAAAAUGUAAUUACAAGACAAAAUGUUUGGAAUGAUGAAAUACAAAGUGCGCAUGUGCACUGUCAUGUGACUAAGGCUCCAGAAGGCGGCACAUGCUCAGUUUAUAUCUCAUCAUAUUUUUUUGUAACAAUGACUUUUCAAUUUGAAAAUUAUCGCCUUUAUCACACGAGAAUGAUUUUCCAUUGGCAUAUUUUUUUUCUUUGAGUGGCGUAAACGGAACGGGCUUCCACAGUUUUUCGGUUCCUGCUAAAAAACACGGCCAGGAAAUCAAAUCCCAGCAUACCUCGAUGCGUCACAAUUAGACAGCUUUCUCUUUUUUGAUUGGUUAGCGAUGAUUGUUAUCAGGAAGAAGGUGAGAGUAGUGAGGGAAACUUUACUAACGGAGCAAAUGUGUCCUUUAUUGGCCAUUUCAACAACAUUACGGACGUCUUGACAGUACGUAACCCAGCACUUUUAAAGAGGACGUCCCGGGAAAGACAAAUUUAGACGUGCUAGGCGCAUAAAUGCAAAGUCUUUGUAAUUAUGAAGUGCGACGUCUUACUCGAGAAGCUAAUUUGUCGGAUUGUCAGCGUCAAUCUUCUUGUCAGAGUUCCAAGCGUUGCAGUCAUUCUCCGAGUUUGACAACAAACGACUAGUUUCCCUCUGCUUCGCUCGCCAGUCUGACCGUCUUCCUGCCUAGGUUCUUACGUUGACCAAUAGGAGAGGAGAGCUUAAUGUGACGCGUUUAGGCAUGCUUGGAAUUUUGAAGUUACCAACACAUGAACAACUGAACUGGUGAGUGUGAAAGCAGCCCCACAACACACACACAAAAUGUCCCUCCAUGAAUUGAUGCAUGUUUAUGUUAUCUUAUAAUUGAAAAAGUAUUCAACUAUGGUGACACGGUGGUGUCUGCAGAUGAUGAAUCCAUACAAUUGUACAGGAUUAGCCAGUAGGAAUGUUAAUGAUGCAAUAACUGUGCAUGAGUGUAGCUUUCUAGAAUCACACCUUCCUCCUCGUUGCUCUCCAGACUGCUUUAUAUUCUUUACAAGCACUUUGUGUGCACUUGCCUUGCACGCUCCGAAAACUACAAACACAAGUAGACAUUGACUAGCGUCAACAUAAAGUUUGAACCACACACACACACACACACACACACACACAUAUAUACACUGCUCAAAAAAAUGAAAGGAGCACUUCAAAAAUACAUCAGAUCUAAACUGGGGGGAAAAUGAUGUUGAAUAUGUUUCCUGAUAAUAAGUGGGUGAUGUAUUAGUAACAAAAUGAUGCCACAUCAUUUGAUAGAAAUGAAAAUGAUCACCCUAUAGAGGGGGGAAAUCAAAGACACCCCAAAAAUGAAAGUGAAAAAAUGAUGCAGCACACUGGUCCAUUUUGCUAAAAUGUCAUUGUAGCAACUCAAAAUGAUUCUCAGUAGUUUGUGUGGCCCCCACGUGCUUGUACGCAUGCCUGACAACGUGGGGGCAUGCUCCUAAUGAGACUACGGAUGGUGUCCUGGGGGAUCUCCUCCCAGAUCUGGACCAGGGCAUCACUGCGGUACCUGGACGCAUGGAGGAGAUUCCAUUUGAUUUCCCCCCUCUAUAGGGUGAUCAUUUUCAUUUCUAUCAAAUGAUGUGGCAUCAUUUUGUUACUAAUACAUCACCCACUUAUUAUCAGGAAACAUAUUCAACAUCAUUUUCCCCCCAGUUUAGAUCUGAUGUGUUUUCCAAGUGUUCCUUUAAUUUUUUUGAGCAGUAUAUAUAUAUAAUAUUUAUAUAUAUAAUAUUUAUAUGCAUGGUUUUAGCAGACAUGAUUGUAAUGCAUGCAAUAAUCCUACUAUGUCAUGUGAACGGGAUGCUUGUCUGUCAUGGUAGCAAGCAUAUUGUAGCCCCCCUCCCAUAAAAAAGCCGCUAAAAGGAAGAACAUGAGAUGGUUGAUACUGUUGACCGACCUUGUAAAAACUAUGCACUCCACUUAGAGGACAGCAGGCAUGUGAUACUACGAUGACCUGAGCCUCCGGAUGAGUGAAGCUCAGCAAUAAGAACAAGAAUAAAAUGCAGCAUGGUGCCACACGCAAGCCUUGCUGGGGGGUUUCUGUCCUUUGCAGCCGGGGGCUGAAAGCCAUACAUUUAAGAGAAAAAGUUGUACAUUUACAAGAAUAAAAGUCAUAAAUUUAUGAAGGUCGUACAUUUCCAAGAAUAAAAGUAAGAUUACAAGAAAAAAGUUGUAAAUUUACAGGAAACAAAUUAGUAAAUUUAUGGGAGACAAAUUUAAGGUAAGUCAUACAUUUGAGAAUAAAAGUUUUAAAUUUAGAAAAAAGUAGCACAUUUGCAAGAAUAAAAGUUGUAAAUGUACGAGGAAAAACAUGCAUUUACGAGGUAAGUCGUAAAUUUGUGAAAAAAAAGCUAAUUUCUGAAAAAAAUUUUGGAGAAUAAAAGUGGUAAAUUUACCAGAAUAAAGUCGCAAAAUGAUGAGAAUAAAGUGUCGAGGUCUUCAGGAAGGAAGGAAUCUUUCCUCUCACGUCAGGCAAGCUUUUAUUUACAACGUGGCAGCAAAACACAACAGUUGAGCACAAACACAUUAGCACGGGUUAGCAUCAUCGCACUUCGCCUUCCUUACCCCACCCCCUCCACACAAGUACUCCCUUUUCAUAGCUGUCUCAGGCAAUGCCUGUUACGUAAAGUUACUUUUAUUCUCGUACAUUUACAGCUUUAUGUUCGAAAUCUCAAGAUUGUUUUAAUACUCUCAUGCCUGAGACUGCCAUGAAAACGGGGGACUUAUGUGACCUUUGGCCUUGGUCAAAGGUGAUAUUACAAUUUUUUUCUCGUUAAUUUCUGAGGAACAAAAAAUUUAAUUCAUGAGAGGAAAAAGUUGUAAAUGUAGGACUUGUGCUAGCCUUGCAUUGCUCCUAAGGAGGCUGCACUCUUGUGCGCUCUGUGUGACGACAGGGCUCACUCUGCUCGUGCCGCUGUUCCAUGGAAAAAAAUGCACCAUGGUCCUGAAAGCCAUGCACAGAGUGAACUCUCCUCGUCCGUCACGGACGUGGUAGCGGCUCUGGCCCGCCCCCACCUCCAUGAGUCUCCCUGGUGUAUGUGCCCACCACUUUAUAAACAGCAGGCUUCGCUACACAUCCUAACGUAAAGCUCUGCCAACUGCCCGUCUGUCUGCUGCAGACGUGGGAGGCGUCGGUUUGGUCAAUGACUUUUUCUUCAGCAACGGCGCUGAUGAUGUUGAACUGCUCUUCAGUGAGCACCGUGUUAGCGCUCGAGCACACACAGCUAGCUAUGCGAGUGUUGCUAGCAACGAUGACUGAAUGAAAACAGGAAUAAAAGACAAACAAGGGGCAGCGGUGGCGCUCUACCGGCGGCUGACGUUGGCGUUGUCCUCCAGGCAGCUUUUGAUUUGAGUCACGUGAUCAAAGUCGGCCUCAAACUGCUUCCUCAGCUGCAGACGAGACGAGAAACGUAAAGUGAUGCAUGCGGCUUUGGCACGGCUGCCGAUGCCAUCUUCUACCUUGCUGAGCUCAUCGCCGAGAGGCAUCAGGUCAAAAGAGAUGGACGAUGCUCUCACCAUGGAGCUACUGCCCAGCGUGUAACUGCAAAGGAAGUCGCACACAGUUACCUCCGCCAGGGCUUGCCUCACGCCGAACAUGAGAAUGAGAACGACUCACCAUCUGAUGCUAGCUUUGUGGAGCAGAAACAAGGAGCGCAGCAUCGCCAAGCGAGGAGGAGCAGCGUGGAUGACCUUGCCCACCGUGACGCCACACUCGCCGCACCUCACGCUGCUGAAGAUGCUGAGGACACAGGGCAUGAGACGCUGAGGACACUGAACCACCACAAACGACGAGGAAUCUGAUGACAACGCAGGCAACCGACGGGAUGAAGACGCCAAACAAAAGCGACCGCACCACCGCGCCGAUGACUAAUCACAUGACCAUGCUGAGGGGAUACGAGAUGAGGUCGCUGAGAACAAGCGAGUUGAUGACAGUGACAAAAAACUGAUCAAAGAUGAAAUGUUGGGUAAAAGCGAGAUGAGGACGCUGAGAACAAACUAGGAUGCUGAGAAUGCAUGAGACGGCGAUGCUGAGGAAGAACAAAUGCACCCACACAGGGCGCUGAGAUGAGGACGCCGACAAUCACAAGAUGAAGACGAGAACAAAUGAGCUGAUGACACUGAGGGAAUAACCUGAUGAGGUCGCUGAGAAAAAAAGGUCUUUGAGAACAAAUGAGAUGAGGACACCUAGACGCCGGGAAGAAAUGGGACAAAUGUUGAGGAAAAAGCAAAUAGAUACUGAGAAUAAAUGAGAUUAUGAUACUGAGGAACAACACAUUAAUUCAAACAGCAGCGCUGAGAAAGAAACAGGAUGAGGUUGCUGAGAAAAAAGGAGGACACAAACAUGAAGAUACAAACGAGACAAAUGUUGGUGAAAAGCAAGAUGAGGAGAACAAACUAGAUGCUGGGAUGAGAUGAGGACAUUGACCACAAAUGAGAUGAGGACACAUUCAUGAAGAUACUGAGAAAUGAGACAGGCUAAGAGUAAAUGUGAUAUUGUGAGAGAACAAAUGAACGCAAACUGUUACGCUGAGAGCAAUAGAGAUGAGGGUGCUGGGAACAAACAAGCUGGAGACUAUGAGAAGAAAAUGAGAAGCUAGAGAGCAAACUGGGUAAAUUGAAGAGAUGAGGCGCCUGAGAAGAAGACAAUGAGAACGAAUACAUGCUGAUAAAAGGCUGAGGUAGACAGAUACACUCUCAACGUGCUUUCCUCCACUCGUGUAUAAGAACCCAUGAGACAACCCAGACGAUGCCCAAUGGGGUGCGUGGUGGUAGUCUAGCACGAGGAGGAUACUCACCAGUGAGCCAUGUCUCCUUUAUGUCCACACUCCAUGUCACUACUAAGCAGCACAUCACUGGUGACUCCUGACGAAAACAAGCAAGCGUUUAGCAUUAAAAGCAUGUCUUAAUGACCUGGACUUGCUGAUGUCCUCGUGGGGUACAGCAUAUGAAACAUGUCUUCAUGCGGUGGACUUACGGAGACUCAAGAUGGCGUCCAAGCACGGGAACUCUCCGCACACAGCGAGGGAGUCCCCCAGCACCGUGUUACAAUGUUUGCAAUGGAAGCUCGUCCAUCGUCUGCGCUCCUUCUCGCCGACCGUCUUAUCUUGGCCGGUGCGUUCUGCUAGGACAGACUCGUUAAACUCCAUGUCGUCUGUGCACGGAGUCCGGGAAGGAAACCGGAAGUGUAUGUCUGUGGGCCAAACCAGAAGACUAGAAUAGAGUCGAGGUAUGUGGCGAUUAAUUAUUAAGCUAACCAACUUUGGCUUCAUGUAAAAUACAGAAAUGACAUGGGUCACACAUAAGUAUAACACCGUCACCCAAAACACUGCAACCGCCCGAAGAGAUUUUUGCAGCCCUUAUUUGUUAUGGUUAACAAGCCGAAGUUAGUCGAUACAAGUGUGCUAUGAUUGGCUGUCAGUUCUCAUGCUUCCGACUUUGAUUGGUUGAAAGCUUUUCCGCUUCUUUCCAUUAGCCAAUGAAAUGUUCCCCGCCAAUGUUUCGAAUCCGUGUUGUUUAACCGUUAGCCACAGCCAGCCGUGUGUGGGAAGGACGGAGCUAGGGUGCGCUUUUGUACUUGUUCUUUCAUCGGAACAAGCUUACGAAUAUGGAUUUGGAUUCAAUGAAAUACGCGGAACUUCGCGGCCUAGCGAAGCAGCUUGGUCUUAAGGCGAACAUGAAGGCCGAUAAGUUAUUAAAAGCGGUCAAGCAGCACUUUGAACGACAGAACACCGACGAAGAAAAGGGAGAAGAACUUGAGGCUGAGGUUUGUAACGCCCCCCCAGUGUUUGUGAACACACGUCGGGGGAGAGCAAAAACCAAAAGAACCUCUGAUGACGUUGAAGCAGUCACACCACACCAGGGGGUCAGUGAAGUGGCCUCAGCCAGUCCACCCCAGCAUGUCCACAAGAGGAGACGAGUGUCUUCCCCCACCAAGACGGAGGCGGCAGAGAGCGAGCGUGUUGUUGUGCUGACGGACACAGAUGGCCAACUGCAGCAGGACACCAACCACCAAGGAGGUCAGCAACCAUGCGGCGCAACCCGCGACGCUGGUAAGAUCCCUCGUUUGAAAGGGGACCCGACGAAGAGGAGGCCCUUGAAACCCGUCACUCCCAACUUCAAAAAGCUCCACCAGGCCCAUUUUAACAAGAUGGAGUCCAUCGAUGCCUAUAUGCAGAGGAAGAGGAGGAACAUGGAGACCGUGCAGGAGCUGAAGGCGUUGAAGCAGAGUCGCUCGUCCAUGUUCAGCCCCGCCCCUGACAACACCGCCGCCAAGGCGACGACGGCGGAGGAGAAAGGCAGAGCGAUUCUCCUCUUGGCCGGCAAGGAGCCUCACAGGAAAGCCGAGGGGAGGAAGGAUGCCGUCUUCAAGCCGUCUGUGCUCUCCACGCGCAGGAUGAACGUGAGGUUCUCCGAGGCCACCCCUGACAACGAGUACAAGAUGUCGCUGGUGAAAACGCCGGCCCGCAUGUCCUUCAGCGUGACCUCCAGCACGCCGCGCCAGACGGUCGUUGGCAGGAAGUCGACUUUGUCUGCCACGAAGACCCCAGCAACAUUCGUUUUCACGGGAAACACGAGCAGCGUCACACCGGUAACACAGAAAAAGCCCACGUUUGACCUGAAGGCCAGCCUGUCUCGCCCGUUGCCAUACAAGCCUCACACAGGCAAGCUGAAGCCGUUUGGAGACGGGAAAGACGACAAAACCGCCAACGCCUUGCAUCAGAGAAAGUACAAGCAGCGCCAAGUGCAGACGAGGGAAGACAGGCAAGCCAAACACGCAGAAGAUCGCAAGCAGAAGAAAUCCAACAUGCUCUGUGCAAGAAGAGGCCUGGUGAUGAUGUGAAUGCUGUUCUUGCAGUCGUGUUGUUGUAAAUACUUUCCUGUUGGUGCUUUGAGUCGAGUCUCGCCCGGUAAGGGGCGCUCGUUAAGUAUUUUUAGAGCUUUGGGUGAUGUACUUUGAUCUUAACGUGCUUUGUUGGGACAUUUUGGCAAAGUCAAAAGAUGCUCUUAUCUUGUUUUGAAAUAAAAAGACCGGAUUUGA